ACCAAUGAAAUUUCAGUAAUGGCGACGACUAUGAGAAAAGUAUUAAUCGUUUUCUUAUAAAUUUCUGGCAUUGUUUGUAAGAUUUACGAAAAUUGAAUCAAUCCUGUACCAUAGGAAAGAAUACACCAACGUUGCUUUAUUGAUUGAAGAACGUGAAACAGUAAGUGUGAGCUAGAGAGUGACAUGGAUCCCGGUCUAGGGGAGACAGUGUCCAGAGAGGGCCCGAAUCAGACAGGCGAGGCAACUGAUAUGAACGAGCCAGUUAAUACAGAAUGUGGCAGUCCGAUGCAGCAAUCACCAGACCAAUCCAACUUUAAUGAAAAUUAUAGAUCGCCAGAAAAUAUAGAUCCAACAAUGGAAGAGGAAUUUAUGGAUACAAAUGAGAAUAAACCAGAUUCUCCUGAUGUUGGCAUGGAAAGUGACAAUGCUGUUGACAAUGAAGAGGAAAAUGAUUGUGAAAAAAAUGAAAAUAAUGACAACAGUGUAGAUGAGACAGAGAAAACAGAUGACCAUGUAACAACAGAUGAUCAAGUAACUGAAUCAAAUCAGCCUAUGCCAAAGUCACCAGAAAGUAUAAGUAUUUCUGGUGCUGAAUUAAAUGAAAAUAUUCAAGACAAUGAUGAUAUAACUGAGCAUGGGGAAGAAAAAUGUUCUAAUGAAGUGACAAACAAUGAAGAAUCUAUUACAGAAAAGGAGGAUGUAGAUGAAUCUGAAUCUAAUGCAGCUGAAACAGUAGAACAGGAAUCUGUUUGUGAGAAAAAUGAAGAUGAUGAUAUUAGGAAUAAUGUUGAUGUAAAUGCUGAAGACCUUUCAAAAACUUUUGAAGAUGAUAAAGAUUUAGGUCAGUCAGGAGGAGAUUCUUUUGACGAAUCUAAUUUGAAAGAAGAAUCUAAUUUUAGACAUGAAGGUGAUGAUAAUGAUCUUCCUGAUAGUGAAAGUCAAUUAAAUAAAGAGGAAGAUACUGAAACUUUAGUGGAAAGAACACAGUCGCCAGGAUCUCAGGAGGUCAGCUCUACCUCAUUUGAUAAAGAUUUACCAGAUAAGACUGAUAGUGCCUCUGAAAAUUUAGAAACUACUAGUGAUCUUCCUUCUAUUCAAGACAGUGAUAGUUUUAAAUUUCCUAGUGGUGGAAUAUUUCCAACCAAAAAGCUAGAGCAUUUAAAUUUAGACAGUCUUUGUGCUAAGGGGAAUAUGUCAGCCUCUAGUUCUGUAGACAAUUUUUCAACAACUUCUUUAAAAGGUUCUACUGAUAGUGAUGAUGAUAUAUCAGAUUUUGAUCUGACUAAGCCUGAAUUAGACACUUAUGUUGAUAGUCAGGAUAAAGACAAAGAAACUCUAAAAGACCCAGUCAAUGAUGUUGAAAAUGUUCCUAGUUCUACAAGUGACGUGUUAGAUAAUAGACUUGAAACAGACGAAUCUGAAUUGGUUGGUGGUGAAGAAAAUGUGGCAGAAGGUAAAAAUGUGGAUAGUGCACCUGGAGAAUCAGGAAUGGAGAUUCAGGAGGAAAAGCUACCACCAGUAACAGAUGAAAAGAAAUUAGAUGACUCACUUGAAGAAGUUUCUGAGGACGAAGAUGAAAACAUAGAGAGAGCAGAUGAUGUGGUUAAGGAGGAGAAACAACAAGGUUCACUAUCAGGAAUGGAAGAGGUCUCUUCUGAAGAAGAUGGUGAAGUUGAUGAUGAUGAUGAUGAUGAUAAGGAUGAUGAUAAGAAUGAAAAGAAAGCAGAAUCUGGUAUGGAAGAGGUUUCUGAAGAUGAAGAGGAAAUACAACAAGACAUGGGUAAAAAGGAAGAGUCUGUAAUAGAAUCAGACCAGAGAGUGCUUGAUAAAGAAACUAAAGAUGUAGAAUCAGGAAUGGAAGAGGUCUCAGAUGAAGAAGAAGAAGGAGCUGCAGAUGAUGCCAUUGAGAAAGAGAAAAAAGUAGAAUCUGGCAUGGAGGAAGUUUCAGAUGAGGAGGUAGAAAGUGAGGGUGAGAAUAGUUCUGGUGUAGAAAAUGUAAGCUCUGAUGAGGAAGAGGAAGAACUGAAGGCAGCUGACGAUGAAAAAAUUGAUGCUUCACGAACUGUUGAAGUGAAACAAAAUGGUGAAACUGUUACUAUUGAUGAUACAGGGAAGGAAGAUGGUGCUAUAGUGAAAGAAAUGUUAGAAAAUAUGACUAUCAAGAUAGAAAACAGUGGUACGGAAGAUAAACCUGAAGUAAUUGACAAACGUAGAAAGUCUAGAGACAAGAAAGACAGGAGGGAAAGUACAAAAUCAAAAACUAAGUCACAUGUUAGAGACACUAGGGAUAUAAAUGAACGUUUAAAAGCUCAGGCAAGUUACGGAGACGAUGUAGAACUGGAUUAUGAUGAUACUGUACAUGAUGAGACUAAAGAUAAACAAGCUAGUGAAUCUGAAGGUGAAAUAACAAGUGAUAGUUCAUCAAGUGAUGGUGAGAUAGAGGAAGAGGAAUGUGAGGAAGGAGAAAUAAAGGAGCCCGGUCAGAGACCGUACGUUAAACCUACGUGUCGAUUCUUCAUGAGAGGACACUGUACCUGGGGGAUCAACUGUCGUUUUCUACAUCCUGGAGUCAAUGAUAAAGGUAACUACCAGUUGAUAGAAAGACCAGGAUUUAACAACAAACCACCACCACCAUUUGAGGAGAAAUGGGAGGAAGAAGAACCAGAAAGAUCACCAACACCAGAGCCCCCACCCCCUCCACCAGAACCCAAGGAGGAGACAGCCUGGGAGAGGGGACUAAGACAGGCCAAGGAAUUAAGAAAGAAGGCAUUAGAGAGGAGAGAAAUGGAGACAAACUUUGAGCACAAGAAGAUGAACCUUUCUAUAGAGGAUAAUCCGGAAUAUGACAAGGAGAAUGUAGACGAAGUGCUGGAAAAAUCACCAAAAAAAUCUCCAGUUAAAAAGACACCAUAUUAUGACAAAUAUGAACCAUUGAGUGACGAUGAAUAUUAUGACCAAACACCAAUGAGGUUACAACAGAAACAGAUGGAGCAAAGCUGGAUGUCUGGUCAGUACGAGAAUUUUGAGGUUCACUGGACCCAGGACCAGUACGGUCCACCACAGGGAGCAUACCCGCAACAGAUGCCACGGUAUCCAUACCAACCUGAUCAACAAAUGAGGAACCGAGAUAGAAUGCCAUUAAGACCGUCACCACGGCGAUACAGCAUGUCACCACCACCAAACCAUCAUCAGAGACAAAUGAGGCCGCCGCCACAGCGAGAACCACAGGAAAUGAUGCGACGAGAUAAGAUGAGGGAACAGCGUAUGACUCCCCCACCACAGAAACAGAGGCCACCUGGUGGUCCAGGCCGUCCAAGAGCAGAUGACUGGAAUGAUCCAUGGACACGAGCAAAUGCUGCAAAGGGUAAAUCUCCGAAGAAGAGAAGUAGGUCACGAGGUCGUCGGCGUUCAAGACGUUCCCAUAGUUACUCCUCAUAUUCCUCAAGUUCUUAUUCAGGGUCAUCAAGGUCAAGGUCACGAUCAUCAUCAUAUUCCUCGAUAUCGAGUCGUUCCAGUAGUAGAUCUUCUAUCAGCAGAUCGCGGUCACCUGGUCCUAGGCGUGGUGGAAUGAGGCGACCUCCUGUCCCUGGAGGGAAUCAGCCAGUACGAAGACCCUCGGCUCAAGGGAAACCAAACGAACCACCACCAAGAAGUUCAGUCACGGUUCACGGACGUGGAGGUAGACCUGGUCAUGGUGAUAGACCUGGUGAUAGACCAGGUGAUAGACCUGGUGAUAGGCGUCCUGGUGGAGCUCCGAGACCUGGCGGUCUUCCAAGUUCUCCAUCUAAAGGAGCACGUGGAGGCCCUCCAAUGCAGGGAAGACAUCCUCCUAGUCGGCAGCUGUCUGGGAAACAGCCCCCUAGCAGGUCAUUAGGUCAACAGAUUGCUGAUGUUGGUAGAGGAAAGAGACCCCCACAAAAAUCAGCUCCUCCCCCAUCCCAACCCCAAAGAAAAUUCCAGAUGGCAGUUAAAACUAGAGACAGGCCUUUACCUCAGUCAGCGCUGACAAAAGAUAAAGGGAAACCUUCAUCAGGCCCAGGAGCACGUAAACGUAAGACAAGUAGUUCAAGUAGUAGAAGUAGGUCAAGAAGUCGGUCAUCCUCUUCGUCAUCAAGAUCAAGUUACAGUAGUCGCUCUAGUUACAGUCGCAGCCGUAGUCGCAGCUCAUCGACAAGCUCUAGUGGCAGCGCGGACUCUGACCAUCUGUAUCGCAACAUCGGUGCUAGUCGUGGUAAUCAGAAACCAGCCCCACCUGGUAGGCCAAAUCCUGGUGCAGUUAAACAAGGACGAGGACCUCCAGGGGGCAGGCCAGGUCAAGGUCGUCCAAGUUUGAAACCCGGAGAGACUAGUAGGCCAUCAUCACUAGCUCAAGCCAAGGUUGUGAAAGAUCCACUCAAAAUGACUGGACUAAAGUCUAACAUCAAACUUACACUUAUAAAGCCAAGUGAGAAGCCCCCACCAGGGUCUAUACCCGAGCCUGUCAGCAGAAAGAGGCCAGCAGAAGCAGAGGGAGAUGCUCCACCACAGAAGAGGCCGGCUGCUCCCAACCCUCCCAAGAUGGAUAAACCAGUCAAAAAGCCAGACAAACCUGCACCAGUUUCACCUACCAAGGCCCCUGGACGACCCCCCGGGCCGGCUAAACCUGCCCCUGGGGCCUCUGCACCACCUGCUGCCACUGCUGCUGCUGCACCGGCAGCUGUGAAGAAGAAGAGCACAGUGUCCAGAAGAGAAGAACUUCUGAAACAAUUGAAGGCCGUUGAAGAUGCUAUUGCCAAAAAGAAAAAGAAAAUGGGUUGAAAGGAUAAAGGAAUAGAACAGGAAUUGGAUAUACAAUUUGAUAAAAAGGAAAGUAUUAGAAAUAUAGGGCAGUCGUGACCCUUGCCACAGAGAAUAGUAAUAUUCUAAAGAUAAAUGAAAUGGGAAAUAUAGUACAGUAACUGACUGAGUGUGGAUUUGAUCUAGUACAUUGUGGAAUUAUAGAUUCAUAGUAUAUAAGUUAGUUUGUGCUGGUUACAAGGUGUGAGAAGAGUUAUGGACCAUCGAAGAGGAGUAAAUGAUGGUAGAGUAUCACAAUGGUAUAGGAAAGUGUCUCAGAAAAUCCAGUUCAAAUUGGAAAUGGCAUUAUAACAUUUUUGUUUGUUGACAUAAUGUGGAAACAAAACAUGCAUUUAUACAAGUCAAAAGGUGAAACAGACUGAUAUAUUCAACAGCAUGUGUUGAAUUAGUGAAGUCAACGAAAAGUUUAUCCAAACUAUAUGACACUGUCUGCCAUUUUGGUACAUUUGUACAUGUAUAUAAAUGUAAGAUAAUGACAGUGUAAAUACGAUUAUAGGAAAUGAAAUACUAUUUUACUUUUGUUAAUUAUGAUUUUUUAUUACAUUCAGAUAUUAUUUCGUUUAUAUUGUAGUAGCAAUUUUGUCCAAGUGUGAAUUGUUUCAACAUUUCUUAGUUAUAUUACAUUUAAUUACUAUUGAAAGUGCUGAUUAUGUAGUGUCCAAUCUGUGUUAUAAUGACAACAAAUUUUUGCCAUCAGUGUAUGUUCAGGCCAGCAGGUGCAAAUCUGAUCACACCCUAUACUGUGGUGCUUAAUAAGUUUUAAUAUAUUGAAAGCUGAGAUCCCUUUUAACUGCUAAUGGACUGUUCCAAAAUUAAUUUAGGGCAAGUCCAUUACUCAAAUUAGCGGAGCAAAAGUAAUUUAAGUGCAGUUUAUAUAAUUUUGUACAAGUUCAACAAUUUACGUAGCAUAAUGAGUUUACUUUUGCAAAAAGAAGAUAAAAAUGUUUAAAUUAUUUACAUUGACAAAAAAAAUGACAUGGUUGAUCUAUAGAAUUAUUGCAUGCAAAAAAGAUAAGCAAAAUCUUUUUGAAUAACAUUUAAAGUGAUUCAAAUUUAGUCUGUUUUUGUACUGGCCAAUUAAUUUAAUAGGUUUUAAUCCCAAUUAACAUAUCAGAAAAACACUAUAUACAGGUUAUUCUACAGUUGAUAAACUGUAAGAAAAAAACUUUAAAAGUAUGAGUUUGCCUGUAUAGUUAAAUAGUUAAAAUUUAAUACAUUUUAUAGAUCAUGUUUAAAAUUAAUUAUAUUUUCAGAGGGGAAAAAGCUAGAUAGUUUUAGAAUUACCCUAGUUAACAGGGUGAUUUUCUUCUCUAGUUCUUAUCUGUUAUGUUUGCUCAUUUUAUAAUGUAACAUUAUGGUACACCAUGUCAUGUAUAUAUAUGUCAGUUUAGUACAAAUAAAUUGAUGCUAAACUCA